AUGUUCCUCCUCGUCGGCCGCUCUUGCCCACGUCAGACCGCUUUCCUCGUCGCCCGCGCUUUCCCUCAUUACCCUCCCCGACCCUCUGGUCGCAUAUGUCACCGACAUUCCCUCUCGUCGCUCGCGCUUCCCCUCAUCACCCGUGCCGACCCUCGCCGCCCUCGCCUCCCCUCGUCGCCCGCGCGUCCCGUCGUCGGGCCUGCCUCCCAGUCACUCGCGCUUCCCCUCGUCAUCCGCGUUUCCAUCCGCUCUUCCCCUCUCCCUAUCUCACCAUCUCCAGCCCAUCCUUCCUCCCUCAUUCCUUCCGAAGGGGUGGGACAGAUGGGGAGGAACAGAUGGGGAGGAACAGAUGGGGAGAAACAGAGGUGGUCGCUUCCGCCACCACAAUCGAACAGCGUUUUGAUUCCCUAUCUGCUACCCACCAUCCUCCCCCCAGCUCUCUCCCCGGCAUCUGCCCCCGUUCCCCCCAUCCUCUUCCCUGUUUCCCCGUAUCCCCUGCCGUGCUUCCCCCCAUCCUAUCCCCUCUUACCCCGUAUCCCCUGCCCUGCUUCCCCCCAUCCCCUUCCCUGCUUCCCCCCAUCCCCUUCCCUACUUCCCCCCAUCCCCUUCCCUGCUUCCCCUCAUCCCCUUCCCUGCUUCCCCUCGUCCCCUCCCCUGCUUUCCCCCCUACCUCCUCCCUGCUUCCCCCAACCCUCCGUCCUGCUUCCCCCCUCCCUCCGUCCUGCUUCCCCCCUCCCUCCGUCCUGCUUCCCCCCUCCCUCCGCCCUGCUUCCCCCCUCCUUCCUCCCUGCUUCCCCCCUCCCUCCGUCUAGCUUCCCCCUCCCUCCGCCCUGCUUCCCCCCUCCCUCCGUCCUGCUUCCCCCCUCCCUCCACCCUGCUUCCCCCCUCCGCCCGCCCUGCUUCCCCCCUCCCUCCUCCCUGCUUCCCCCCUCCCUCCGUCUUGCUUCCCCCCUCCCUCCGCCCUGCUUCCCCCCUCCCUCCGUCCUGCUUCCCCCCUCCCUCCACCCUGCUUCCCCCCUCCGUCCGCCCUGCUUCCCCCCUCCGUCCGCCCUGCUUCCCCCCUCCCUCCGUCCUGCUUCCCCCCUCCUUCCGCCCUGCUUCCCCCCUCCCUCCGCUCUGCUUCCCCCCUAA